CGUAGAAAAAUUUUCACCACUCUUCUCCUUCCCUUUCCUCCCGAGUGGUGUUUGGAGGACGGCGUCGCUUUCUGGUCUCGGAGUUUUUACCUCUCUCUCUCAAGCAUGAGCAGCGCCAUGAGAGCAGCAGCUUUGAUCAACUCUCAACAAAACUGUAUACGUUUGAGAGCUGCCUUUUUCCAUUCAACCCCCGUUUUGGAUCGUCGAAGACGCACCCAUUGGGAUUCUAGAUCUAGCCAUUAUUCCAGGAGGUCCAGAAAGCUGCAAUCAAAACAAACAUUAUUACGUAAUGUCAGUGCUUAUGCUGACUAUCUAUUCCAGGACUGGCAGUCUGAUCAUGAUCAAAAUGAUCCAUCUUCAAGUAAUGGCACCUCAUGGUUUAGAAGACAACACUGGGGUAAGGGGUCGAAGAGGUCCCAGACGGGCAAGCAAGGACCUCGGUGUAAGAGUAGAAGAGGUUUCGAGUUCUGUGAAGAUGAUGUUGGCAUUGAGACGAUAUUUCGAUCUGCAUUUGGUGGAAAUGGAUACUUCUAUUGGUCCUUUGUUAAUGAAGAGAAUCCUCAAUGGAGGAGCUCAUCGGGCUACUCCAAUAAUUAUAGGACCUCUUGGAAUUGGAGAGAUCGGAUAGACGAGGAAUAUGACUCCUCAACAGAGUCUGACAGCUCAGAGUUGGAUAUGGCUUCAGAUCGGAUGGCUCUUGGGUUGAGUGCUUCUGGUCCCUUAAAACUUGACGAAGUUAAAAAAGCAUAUCGGGCUUGUGCUUUGAAAUGGCACCCAGAUCGUCAUCAUGGUUCUUCCAAGGCUGUUGCUGAGGAAAAGUUCAAGCUUUGCAGUGCAGCAUAUCAGUCUCUAUGUGACAAGCUAGCUCUGGAUUAAGAAUUUUUUAAAGUGUAGAGUUUACAUUCUUCCAUCUUGUUCCCGAUUCAGAUUGUUUCAGUUAUUGUAUCAUGCAGGGAUAUGUAUCUCAUCCCUAAGAUUUUGAUGGAAUCAAGUAAUAGACUUGAUUCAGUCCACAAAUUAGAUCUUGGGAAUUUUGUUCGAAUCCCACAUGUUGAGUAUACCAAUAAGCAUUUUAGGGUAUAACAUGCUAUUUUGCAUUUCACGAUCUGAAAUGAUCCAAAAAGUAUAUAUACAUGAAUUGAGUAAGAUAAUUAAAUAAAUAAUUAAAUUAAUA